GCUCCAAUUCUAACUUUGGCCGUUGGCUGCUGCAUCGUUCCUGACUAUGGAAAAGCACCUGGCUCAAAAUGGUCCUAUGGACCGUGAUUCCCAUGGCUACGCCAACUCAUUUGACGGCGACCCCUGCAUUCCCGUCAAUGUUUCAAAUUCAUUGCCUGUGCUCAAGCAACAACAGCAGCAGCAGCAGCAGCAGCAGCAGCAACAGCAACAACCACCAGCACCACAACAGCAGCAAAAAGGUGCGGCGGCGGAGGCGGCAGCGGCGGCCGGGAGCAGAAUUUCCUUUCGUGCAGUAGCUCCGGUUGACGUGAGGGCUCAUGGACUUAACCUUUCUGUCGAUGUUUCACCGCGCAGGCCUGCUUCGUUUCUCGCCGCCGUUUCGAGAAGAUGCACAUCCUCGGCCCAGCCGUCGUCGCAGAAGCAGACGCAGACGAUUUUGUGCAACGUGUCGGCACAGAUGCCCCAUGGCAGUCUAACCGCAAUCAUCGGCGGAAGCGGGAGCGGGAAGACGUCAAUGCUCAAUGUCAUGUCACAUCGUCUCCAUAGUUCGCGACUGCAUCUUUCGGGCACUACGCUUUACAAUGGCUUAGACCAAUGGCAGAACGUUCGCAGUGCAUAUGUGAUGCAGCAGGAUGUUCUGCUGCCCACGCUCACUGUGCGAGAGACGCUGCAGUACUCGGCAGACCUGCGGCUUCCGCCCCCAACUACCGAGGCUGGCAGGCGAUGCGUCGUUGAAGAAGUCAUUCUCGAGCUUGGGUUGAAGGAGUGUGCAGACACCCGCAUUGGUAGCCAUGUGCAUAAGGGGUGCAGCGGAGGAGAAAAGAGACGGACCAGCAUAGGCGUCCAGAUGCUAGCUAAUCCUUCUGUUCUUUUCCUCGAUGAACCAACGACCGGCCUUGAUGCCACUAGUGCUUUUCAGCUGGUAAAGACUUUGAAAAGUCUAGCGCAGAAUGGAAGAACCGUCAUCAUGACGAUUCAUCAGCCUAGGUCGGAGAUAUGGGGCUUGUUCGACCACAUUGUGCUCCUUAGCAGGGGCGCUCCUGUCUACGCUGGGCCUGCGCCAAACUGCUUACCCUACUUUGAAGAACUGAGAUAUUGUCUCCCAGCUUUUGUCAACCCGGCUGAGUUUCUCGUCGACCUUGCUGCAGUUGAUAACCGUACGAGGCAGUUGGAAGAGAUCUCAACAGCCAGAGUAGAAGCCUUAAAAAUUGCAUGGAAGAAAAGGGAAUCUGAAAUACUGAACACAAAUUUGCCCUUUGAAACCUUUGCUCUUGGCACGAAGGAGCAAUUGUCCAAUCCGGCAUUGUCAGUUUCUCCUGCACUAGAGAAGACGGAUUCGCAGACCGUUGCGAUGUGGCGUCAAACGCGGGUUCUCACCUCACGGACCAUGAAAGUAACAAUUCGAGACCCAAUGGGCAUGGCUGGCAGUUUGGUCGAGGCUGUGACUAUGGGUGUGCUUACUGGCUGGAUAUUCUUUGCAUUGGAUGGUAGUUUAGCUGGGAUACGGUCCCGCGAAGGUGCCUUGUAUAUCGCCGCCGCUUUGCAGGGGUAUCUGAUUCUCCUUUUUGAGACAUUUCGACUCACAGUUGAUAUUGAACUAUUCGACCGCGAACGGGGAGAAGGCGUGGUCGACGUCAUUCCAUUUCUCGCAAGCAGAAGAUUUGCUAGGCUAUUUGUUGAGGAUAUUCCUGUUCCGCUGUUAUUCUCUGUGAUUUUUUAUUUUAUGGCCGGCUUCCGACCGGUAGCUGGUCAAUUUUUCAUAUUCUUUUCGGUCCUUUUGCUCAGUCAAUAUAUUGCCGUUUCAUUUGCAACAUUGUGUGUUGCAAUAUCGAGAGAUUUUGCCGGGGCAUCUCUCAUCGCAAAUCUUGGUUACACUUUACAGUCCAUGGCGUGCGGUUACUUUGUUCAGUCCAAUAGCAUACCAAUCUAUGUGCGAUGGACAAAAUGGAUUGCUUAUGUGUUUUAUGCAUUUGGCGCCCUAUGCGCGAACGAGUUUGUAGGCCAUUUCUAUAAUUGUCCGGUAGCCGGCGGGGCAGCGAAUCCCGACUGCAAGGAGUUCACAGGAGAUUACAUUAUGCAAUCAUUGGGCUUGCCGUCCAACUGGGUAGUCCGCCCGAUUAUCGUAUUACUCGGCUUUGCUAUUGCCUUUGCCAUUGGGUCGGGGCUCGUCCUUCGGUUUUGGAAAACAGAGUUGACUAUUUCACGUGCCCGCGGCACGGAUGAGGAUAAAGCUGUAGGAAAGGAGAAGCUGUUUGACUCAUCGAAUCGAAAUGACCGAAGAGUCUGUAUUGAAUUAGCGGAUUUUUCCUUGGCAAUUGAGAAGCGUAAUCUGCUUAGAUCCAAGAAGAAGAGGCUUUCUAUCCUGAAACCGAUCACAACAGAGUUCCAGCCCGGAGUCCUAAAUGUCAUCAUGGGUCCAUCUGGAAGCGGCAAGACGUCGUUGCUCAAUUUGAUGUCUCGAAGACUAAAAAGCACAGUGGAAACGCGAUACCGUCCUGCCGGACGGAUGCUUUACAAUGGAUCAGAAGUUUCGGACAGGGUUGUGCGUUCGUUAUGCUCAUAUGUGUGUCAAGACGAUGACGCACUUUUGUCCUCUUUGACGGUCAGAGAGACCCUUCACUUCGCCGCAGAGCUUCGCUUGGCACGGUGGAUGAGCAAAGAAGAGAAAGUGAGCCGUGCUGAUGAUGUGUUGAUGAAAAUGGGCCUCAAAGAUUGUGCCGACAAUCUUAUAGGAAACGAGCUAGUGAAGGGCAUCAGUGGUGGGGAGAAGCGGAGGGUUACAAUUGGGAUCCAGAUCCUCACCGACCCUAAGAUACUCUUGCUUGACGAGCCAACGUCUGGGUUGGACGCUUUUACUGCUUCGUCAAUCAUUAGCGUUCUACUCGGCCUUGCUGAGGAAGGCAGAACUCUCAUCUUGACCGUCCACCAACCACGAUCAGAUCUGUUCCGUCAUUUUGGCAAUAUCCUCUUGCUCGCUCGAGGUGGUGCACCUGUGUAUUCUGGGAACGGGCCAGAAAUGCUGUCGUAUUUUAGUAAAUUGGGCUUUCAAUGCUCAAAAACUACUAAUCCGGCGGACUUUGCGCUUGACCUUAUAACGGUUGAUCUUCAGCAUGCAGCUCAGGAACAAGCAAGCCGAGAGCGAGUUGUCGGUCUCAUUCAAGGAUGGAGCGAGAAGCAGGUCAACUUUAAUCAAGCUCAGAAAUCCAGAGUUUCCAUGCCUGCUGAGUUGGGAAGUAUGGAAAGGAAGAUGCAGUCCUUGUGGGUGUCCUUCCCAACACUUCUCCGACGGGGCAUCAUCAACUUUAGGCGCCAGCCUCCCCUUAUCCUGGCUCGUGUCAUGCAAGUUGUGGGUUUUGGAAUUGUGGUUGCUCUGUUCUUCGCAGACUUAAAGCACGACUACUACAGCGUGCAGACCCGAGUGGGACUAAUCCAGGAAAUUGCCGCGCUCUAUUUUGUUGGCAUGUUGCAGAAUGUCUCCAUCUACCCUGCGGAGCGAGAUGUCUUCUAUAGGGAGCAUGAUGAUCGUGCGUACUCUGUCGAAGCCUUUUUCCUGCAGUAUACGGUCCUUGAAGUGCCAUUUGAGAUUUUUAGCAGUCUCGUCUUCGCAGUCCUGGGCGCCAUCACUCCCGGUCUGCCACGGACGCCAGCCAUGUUCUUCAUCAUGGCAUUUAAUUGUUUCUGCAUUGUCAAUUGUGGAGAAAGCGUAGGGAUCCUCUUCAAUACUCUCUUUCGACAUACCGGCUUCGCUGUAAACUUGACCUCCAUUGUUCUUUGCAUCGCGCAGCUCAUGAGCGGCGCCAUGAGCAUUAACAUUCCGAGUUUCCUGCAGGCAUUCAAUCACCUGUCCCCGAUCAAAUAUUCGAUGGGAAAUCUCGCGCCGUAUUCCUUGCGCAAUGUCCAAUUUGCUUGUACGGAAUACCAGCGUCUUCCGAACGGGCAAUGCCCUAUUCAAACAGGCGAUCAGGUCCUGCAGCUGUAUAAGCUUGAUAAAAACGCUGGGUUGAAUGUCAUGGCUCUGGGCAUCUGCGUUAUCGCCUACAGGGUGGUCGCGUAUCUCGUACUCAAAGCUGCAAGGACGAGUUGGCGACGUUUCUGGAGAGACUAGAAAACUUGAAUUUUGCUCUGGAAAGCCGCUCAUUGGCUCAAUACCAAUUUCCCCAAUUGGCAGAACGAGACUCGGUGAUAUCCGGUCAUAUUCAUCGGCGUUGGAGCAUUUCUUUUUGGUUUCCUUUUGACUCUUUGUCGUAUGAUCACCUGGAGAUACCUUUUCUGCGUUAUACCUCUUUGGUUGAGAUUUAUUUGGCCAAACAAGCUAAAGCAUUCAAACCUUCCAUAGCAGAUAUGUCCCUGCAUAUCUUAGGUAGAUCUUACCAUGUCCAAGGAUUAUGUUCUUCUGAAUAUCUAGAUCUCUGAACGACAAGGAUAGAGAC